AUGCCGAGAAACUCCGGCGUGGCGAAGUCGAAAAUGAGGUCGAAAUCGACGAGGAAACCACUUCGAGACGUAUCGAAUGCCAAGAUCGCCGUGAAACCUGCCGAUAAUUUGAAGAUAAAUUCCGAACACGAAAGAGGACAAAUGGGAGACGACGAUUCACUCGACCGCCUCCUCCUCGUACAGUCUGAUCUCUCAUCUCUCGUGCGUCAGAUUGAUGAACUAGUUGUCCAAGCACUCCAGUUGACAGGCGAUAAAGGGAUGAAGGAAAUUAUACAAUUUGCAGAUGUCUUGUCUGAUAUGCAGGCCUCCUUGAAGCCAUGGGUUCCCAGAUUACAGAAGGCACUGCUCAGUCAAUCAACAGCGCCCAAGAACGAAUCAGAGCAAUCAACAGAAAGAACUGUAUCCUGUGUGCCAGUAGAACACGAAGGUACCCUUUUUGAAAGUCCUGAAAAAACCAAGUGGGAGUCGCUCGUCUCCCCAUCACCACUCGUGUCCUGGCGGGCCGAGUGCAACACGGAAGGUGGCAGGCAAUUGUUUUUACUUACACCACUGCCCCAAAAGGGGGCAUUUUCGCUAAAACGGCAAGUGAUGUCCAUUCCCACAUUCCAAAAUAUUGAAACUGAAGAAAAUACCAAGUGCGGGAACUCAACCAAGAUUUCUGAAGCGAAUUGUCUGUCAACUUUUGUCAUGACUCCACGUGUGAGAAUGUCACCGCCUAAGUCUUGCAUUCUGCUCGAGCCCAUAUCAAAGUCUGCCCAGAAGAAGAAAACCCUUGGGGCCUACAAAGCGACACCUUUUCCUCCUGCGCACGCUCGAAAUUCUGGUGGUGGGUCCCAAGAUUCCGAUUCCUCGGGCACUCAAUCUUCGGAUGACCUGGCAAUAAAAUACCCUGAGCUUUUUGGAAUCAAAUUGAAUGAUCUGGAAAAGAAGAUGGUAGAGGAAGAUUCUCCUGAUUGGAUUGUCUCACCUCCUAAAACCUGCGUAAUAAUGGAGCCUGCUGACGAGAAACUGCUGGAAAAUACUUUUGGUAACAACUUGGGGAAGCAAAAAGAUGCAGCUUGUGAUCAGCAAGACAACUUGUUUGCUCUGAAGAAAGUAGACUACAAAGGGGGUCAAGCUAUUGGAUGUAAGAUUGAUCUAGUCGAGAGCACACCCAUGAUUAAGGAGCCUAUAAGCUGUUUACGAACGGGAAAUCAGCCAGGGGAAAAUACUUUGAAAAAGGAACUUUGGACGAGAUUUGAAGCUGCAACGACUCACGGUAUGCAUUUCGGUGACUCUAUUCUCCAAGACAAGACUACUAAAAAGGGAUUUCUUGACCGUUUAGAGGAGGCUCUUGAAUCAUAA